GAUGCCUUUCUCCCCAGCUGUCUCCAGUCUCCACUGCUAACCCCUUCCCUCGCCGGCAAAACCUAGACUUCCUGCAACAUCAAUGUUUCCGACUAAAGUCAAACCCACCCAGAACUCCCCUUCCGAUUCCGACGGCGAGCUCCCCUACGACUGGCGGCAGGAGGUCAUCGACGGUGGAUCCCUCCACCGCGUGGACCUCCACGAUGGAUCCAACGGCUGGGCUUCCCCUCCCGGCGAUCUCUUCUCCCUACGCGGUCCCGACUACUUCUCCCGCCGGAAGAAGCUUCCUUCCGGCAACUGGUUGUUAGUCCCCGCUGGCGUUGACUGGCUCCGAUCUCCUCAUCGCCUCGACAACGUUCUCGGCCGCCCUGACAACCGCGUUGCAGCAGCUCUCCGCCGCGCUCAUUCAUAUGGAAAAUUCCUGAAAUCCUUCGUCUUUGCUGUAAAUCUGCAGGUUCCCGGCCAUGAAUGCCACUCCGCCGUCUUCUACUUUGCGACGGAUGAUCCAAUCCCUCCCGGAUCACUGCUCCACCGUUUCAUCCAUGGCGACGAUGCGUUCCGUAACUCCCGAUUCAAGAUGGUGAAUCGGAUCGUGAAGGGGCCUUGGAUCGUGAAAGCGGCAGUGGGGAACUACUCGGCUUGCCUUUUGGGGAAGGCUCUGGUCUGCAAUUACCAUAAGGGGGAAAACUAUCUGGAAAUUGAUGUGGAUAUUGGGAGUUCAGCUAUUGCCAGUGCGAUACUAAAGCUGGCGCUUGGUUGUGUGACUUCUGUGACUAUUGAUAUGGGAUUUGUUGUGGAGGCGCAGGCAGAGGAUGAGCUUCCUGAAAAGCUGAUUGGCGCUGUUAGGAUUGCACAAAUGGAGAUGUCAGCUGCGGCGUAUGUUGAACCACCAAAAGGGAGAGUUGGGUCUGCUGCAACAUCGGCAUUAGAGCAGAGAAGGGGAGGGCCUGUAAGGAUUGUGCAGGAGAGGGACGAUGAGGCAGAAGGUUAGACUUACUUUCUCCCUCUUUUUAUCAAUUUAUUCUGAUUUGUAUCUGUUUAUUGUUGUUAGAGGAAAAACGCUACCUUUUUUGGACUGAGAAAAAGAA